CGGAAGGUUAAAAAUCUCCGCGCCUAAAAGACUCCACCUCCCAGCAUUCCUCAUGGCGGGCGUGCCCAGGGCGGCUGCGCGAGAGGCGGGGCUUAAACGUGGCAAUGUUCAUUCUGUCAGCAAACCAUGGCUGCGACAGUUGGGGAUCCUCCUUCGCUCGCUGUCGCCUCUUCCCGGCCGUCGGGGGAUGCCGACUUGGGGUCCCCUCACAUAGCGGCGCUGAUCCUGGCUCGAGGCGGCAGCAAAGGGAUCCCGCUGAAGAACAUUAAGCUCCUGGCUGGCGUCCCGCUGAUUGGUUGGGUACUGAGGGCAGCCCUCGACUCCGGCGCCUUCCAGAGUGUAUGGAUUUCUACAGAUCACGAUGAAAUUGAGAAAAUUGCCAAGCAGUUUGGAGCUCAGGUUCAUCGGAGGACCUCUGAAGUAUCUAAAGAUUCUUCUACCUCUUUGGACACCAUUGUGGAGUUUCUCCAAUAUCACGAGGAGGUUGAUGUUGUAGGAAACAUUCAAGCAACUUCCCCUUGCCUGCAUCCCACCGACCUCAUCAAAGUGGUCAAAAUGAUCCGCGAGGAUGGCUUCGACUCGGUCUUUUCAGUCGUGCGAUGGCACCAGUUCAGAUGGAGUGAAAUUAAAAAAGGAGUCUGUGAAGUGACCGUCCCGCAAAAUCUGAAUCCGGCCAAGCGUCCUCGGCGACAGGACUGGGAUGGUGAGCUGUAUGAAAACGGAUCGUUUUACUUUGCCAAGAGGGCCUUAAUUGAAAAGGGGUAUUUGCAGGGUGGGAAAAUGGCAUACUACGAAAUGCGAGCUGAGCACAGCGUGGACAUAGAUGUCGAUAUAGAUUGGCCUAUCGCGGAGCAACGGGUCCUAAGAUAUGGCUACUUUGGGAAAGAGACCUUGAAGGAAGUGAAGCUUCUGGUGUGUACCAUCGACGGAUGCCUCACCACCGGCCACAUCUACAUCUCCGAAGAUGGGAAAGAGAUGGUUUCCUAUGAUGUCAGAGAUGCGGUUGGAAUCAAUCAGCUUCAGAAAAGAGGCAUAGAGGUGCGGCUGAUCUCCGAGAGGGACUGUUCCACCAAGGCGCUCUUGACCUCGAAGUUGGGCUGUACCGUGGAAGUCGGGGUGAUAGACAAGCUGGGGGUCGUGGAGAAAUGGCGGAAGGCCAUGGGGUUGUGCUGGAAGGAGGUUGCGUACUUAGGAAAUGAGGACUCGGAUGUGGAGUGUCUGAAGAAAGCCAGCAUGAGCGCCGUCCCUGCGGACGCGUGUUCAGUUGCACAGAAAGCGGCAAGCUACAUCUGCAGGUCCAAUGGCGGCCGCGGGGCAGUUCGGGAAUUCGCCGAGCACAUCCUCCUUUUGAUGGAAAAGGUGAAUUCGGCUGGAAAAAACUUGGGCCGACCAAGCUAGGAAGUCGCCUCCGAGCAGCGUCUCUGGGAGAGAUGGAAUUCUGCUUCGUUGAUUUUGCUGGGGGGUGUCUUUCCUCUGCUUGGCUUUGGACAUUUCCAGAAUCCCAAAAAGGACCCCGACAAUAAUUUUUAAAAUAUCUGCUUUAUUAUUAUUGCACGAGUGACGAAAUGGUUACUGAAUUGAUGCAGACUCAAAGUGGCAGGAAAACCCAAUAAAUCCAAAAACACGCUAUUGCCGGACAUAUCCGUGGAGAUUCUCAGUCAUCCAGGUUAUGAUUGUCCCAAAGGUGUUUUGUUUUUUUCAAGAGGCAACUGGACUUUCUUUGUUUUUCUUCGAAGGCGUUUCACUUCUCAUCCAAGAAGCUUCUUCAGCUCUUGACUGGAUGGUGGGGAAUGGAAGGAUUUCUACUCCUUGCAGACAGCUGGUCAUUUGCAUCCUUUUAGAGAGUUGUUGAAAAAGUGGCUCAGCGGCUAAGACGCUGGGCUUGUUGAUCAAAAGGUUGGCAGUUCAGCGGUUCGAAUCCCGAGUGCCGCGUAAGGGGGUGAGCUCCCAUUACUUGUCCCAGCUUCUGCCAACCUAGCAGUUCGAAAGCACAUAAAAAAUGCAAGUAGAAAAAUAGGGACCACCUUUGGUGGGAAGGUGACAGCGUUCCAUGGGCCUUUGGCCGGCCACAUGACCACGGAGACGUCUUCGGACAGUGCUGGCUCUUCGGCUUUGAAACAGAGAUGAGCACCACCCCCUAGAGUCGGAAACGACUAACGUAUAUAUGCGGGGGAACCUUUACCUUUAUCUAGAAAGUCAUUGAGGCCACCUGGAGAUUUAUCUGUGUCUUCAGGGUCACCUGAGUGAUGCAAAUAGGUGUGGAGCCGCCUUGGAAUUGCUGAAAGGACUGUGUUGUAGACUGGAGAUAGAUGAUGUCAUAUCCCUCCAGUUCUAUUGAGAUGGGGUUGUUCAGUUUUGACAUAGAUGUCCUUUUAUGACCCCUCUUUCAAACCAGCAAUAGGCAAGGAGUAUAAAUCCUUCCAUUCCCCACCAUCCCGUCAAAGCUGAAGAAGCUUCCUGGAUGAGGAGCGAAACGUCUUCAAAGAAACAACGGAAAGUCCAGUCGCUUCUUGAAAAAAUAUUGCCCGACAGGUUUCCUAGAUGGCUUAAAAACUUUAUAGGAAUAUAAUAUAGGAAUAUACAUAGGAAUAUACAUUCUUGAUUUUAUGUUCAAGAUUCUCCAUAACAAGCUUUAUUUUAUGCUGUUCCUCUAGAUUCGCUCCUCUAAGCCAACAUGUCUCAAUCUUGGCAACUUUGAGACGUAUGGACUUCGACUCCCAGAAUCCCCUAGUCAGCCAUGUUAACUGUGGAAUUCUGGGAGUUGAAGUCCACAUGUCUUAAAGUUGCCAAGAUUGAGAAAGUGUUGUGUCUGCGCCCCCCCGAACCGGGCCCCCUGCCAGAAAGUGACUUGGAAAGUGAGUUCCAAGUAAUGUUUGUGUGUUUGAUUAUUUUUUUAAAAAAUCUGUAAUGAAGAUUGAUUGUGAUUCCUUUUUGUUGUUGUUGUUGUUGACUUUUCAGUAGGCUUGGGGGCUUUACGUUCCUCCCCCCCCAAAAAAAUAGCUCAGAAGUGGAGGAUAGAUAGAUGAAAUUUUGGAUAAAUAAAUAAAUAUCCUUUUUUUUUCCCAGUUAUGCUUUUUAAAGUAACCUUUUCCUCUUACCUUUUUUUAAAAAAAAUUUUUUACAAAAUAGUAAAAAAAUUUCCUCUUAUCUUGUUAGCCUUUUAGACAAAAGCAACUGUCAGGCAAAGGAAGCAUCUACAGAGAAGGGUCUGAAAAGUCACAAUGACACCCACUAUGCUGUGAUUUUUGCUUUGCCCCCAGUUACACCCAUCUGUGGCCAUCCCUGGCAGGAACUUUAUGGGUUUCCUCUUCCUUCUUCCUUCUGUGAAGGAAGGUAAGAAGACUUUGUGCUAGAAAUAUUCUCCCUUAGCUAUUUGCAGUUGUACCCAAGGAGAAUUUCCAUGCAUAGAAAAAUGUUGGCUGAAAUACCAUUCUGGGCAAAGUGAUUUUAACAUUUGUGUUACACCUUCCCACCGAAGUGGUACCUAUUUAUCUACUCGCACUUGCCUGUUUUCAAAUUGCUAGAUGGGCAGGCGCUGGCGCAAGAAACGGAAGCUCGCCCCAUCACAUGUUACAAGCUUUGACAGCUGACAAGUUCAGUGUCUUUAACCACUGGGCCAUAUAUAUAUAUUUAGAAGCCCACCUUGCUGUAACAUUUCACAUCAUGUGAAAUGAAAAUACUGGCCAAUUUAGCGGGCAUGAAUUACCAUAUUUUUCGGAGUAUAAGAUGCUCCAGACUAUAAGACGCACCUACCAUUUUUUGGGAGGAAAACAAGAGAAAAAAAUCUGCCUCCCAGCAAUUUGCCUCCUUGCAGCAAGCGACAAACAGCCUGAUUUCAGUUUCGUUUUCAGCACAGCCUGAUUAGCACAAGAAAAAAAAAGUCUGCCUCUGCCUCCCAGCCUUUUGCCUCCUUAUAGCAAACAGCGGAGGCUGAAAAUGGGACGCGCGGAGGCGGCAAUAGGCAGUGGCAAUCCCUGCAGCCUGAAACAGCUGAUGGUCGGGAGGCCGACAAUCAGCUGCUUGUGCUAAUCAGGCUGUGCUGAAGCUGAAACGGGCUGUUGGCUGUUUGCUGCAAGGAGGCAAAUUGCUGGGAGGCAGAGGCCAAAGGGUGGGGACCGGUGGGUGGGCGGGGCUACAUUCGGUGUAUAAAACGCAGCCAAAUUUUCACCCUCUUGGGGGGGGAUGGAGUGCAUCUUAUACUCCAAAAAAUACGGUAUCUUGAGAGCUAUGAGAAUUGGAUUACUCUUUCAGUAAUUACGCUUCAUCAUACAAAUAACAUCUUAUCAUACUUUUCUUUUUCCCCCCCAUAAGGUCUCCCUUUCUGUGACCUACUGUAAAACAUUUUUUUUUUAAAGCCACAAUAGGCAAAGUGUCUACGACGCUGAGGCAAAACCAACCAUCCGCAGUAGGAUGGGUGAAUCCAAGCCUUUUGCCUUGAAACCAUUUUGAAAUUUUACUUUUGGCCAAAUCAUUUUGUAUCUUUCCAGCCCAUUUUUCAGCCUUGUUUUAUCUUUCACUUUAAUACGCAAAAUCCAUUGCCUGUCCAAUAGAGAUCUGGUGAACUCUGGACUUGGGGAAAAAGAGCCAAAUUUGUAAUAAUAUAUUAAUGCUCGAUGAAGGAAUAUCCCGAUAUGAAUAGCUGGUAUUUAGAUUAGAAGGAUGAAAAAGAACUUUGAAAUAAGAUACCUGUUUUCCCCAAAAUAAGACAUCCUCUGAUAAUAAGCCCAAUCGGGCUUUUGAGCGCAUGGCAAUAAGGCCAAGCGCUUAUUUCAGGGUUCAAAAAAAUAUAAGACAGGGUCUUAUUUUCAGAGAAACACAGUAUCUAUCUAUCUAUCUACAUCCAUUCAUAUCUAUUUGUCUCUGUCUCUUUAUCUAUCUAUCUACCCUGUUUUCCCCAAAAUAAGACAUCCCCUGAUAAUAAGCCCAAUCGGGCUUUUGAGCGCAUGGCAAUAAGGCCAAGCGCUUAUUUUGGGGUUCAAAAAAAUAUAAGACAGGGUCUUAUUUUCGGGAAAAUACGGUAUUACCCCCCUCAGGAUUCAAAUCACUUGAAAAUGGUUUUUGGGGGAGAAAAAUGGUCAAGAAAUUGCCACUGGUUUACAAAUAUGAAAUAUAAAUAUAUUUAUAAAAUAUCAGACUAUCAAAUACCUCUUCUGCCAGAUGCCGAGGCUCGAUGCAUUUUCUGGGAACUAUGAAUAAAAGGACUUCUGUCCAAAUGCUCUUUA